UUCAAGUCGAUUUCGAAGGAUGUCGUCUUCAUGGUCGCGUCUCUGGCACGCCAUGUUUAUUUGUGCGGGGCGAGAGUUUGCGUCGCUACUCGCCAUACUCGCUGCCCGUCUCGUCAGCAUGCUUGGAAAUGUCGUCCGUAUGCCGCAUGGGUGGAAAUUAUUCCCACACGUGUAAAUACACAGAGUUCCUUCAUAGGGGUAAGGAGGAAAUAUCACUAAGAAAAGCGGAUUUCACGCACACUGUUGCCAGCAGUUACACGCGUUCGUUCAUCUUCAACAUUGGGCAGUUGGGGCAAAAAUAAGAACGUUGGUCGAUGUUGUUCAGUCGUCUUUGCAAAAAUUCUCUCUGCAUUUUAAAUUUCAAGCAACUCAAGAAAUCGAUUCCUCGAUUAUUGGGCGUUGAAGGUUGGAAGCUGUGUCGUCCAUGUUUGUCCGUUAAUUCCACGCAUUUCCAUCUGCUUUUGCCGACGUUGGAGCAGACGACAUUCUGUUUGUCUUGUCUGUUAACUGAGAGUAGGGCCUAGGUAGGGCGCACUGAAAUCGCAAAGACCCAUUGCAAAACUAUAUCCUGUUUCCUAGAAAAGAUGGUCAUAUAUGCAUCAAAGUGAACUCACUGUCAAAAGAAGAGUGCUGCGGAUCUAAUUUCGUAGACGGUCCCCCGAGCCAAAUUUGCCAAAAAAUGCACAAGGACCCCACCCGUAAAACAUGGCGACUACGCAAAAAGGACAGCCAAGAAUUUCGAGGCGUUACGUAGCUUGCUUCGUUUUCGCGUUGUUCCAGACUAUCAUCGGAAUUGGUCUGUUGGCCAUCGGAGCGGCCGACAUCGUCGUAACGCUGGAUCAUGAUUGCAAGGAUAAGACCGGCGCUUCAUUUCUCCAGGGUGUCAUCUGUUUGGUUUCUGGUUCUUUCGCCACAUGCGCGUACCUUCCGAGAAAAGUUGAUGCGGAGGGACGGCCCAAUCGAGUCUACGUUGCCAUCCACGUCUUGCUCUCUUUCCUCGUGGCCGUUAUCAGUUUCAAUGUCGUCCACUGCUUGGCAUCAUACACUGGAGAACGUCACACGGCUCUGUUUGCAGUGAUCCUCACUAAAGUGGUGUUGACUUACACCUGCCACGUGCUCGGUGGAAUCUGUGCGGGGAUCUCAGUGCCAGACCUGUGUAGAGACACGACAUUGCCUCUCUCCCAAGAGCGGGGUUUGCCCAAGCACGCAGCUCCAGUGAAACUCCCAGAAGCUCGCAGCCACAUCCAAGAGUCUCCAGCCACGGGUGAGAAACUCACCGUUGUCACCCUUCCAGAGGCGGAUGUGGUAUACGCCGUGCCCGAACAGAGUUACGUCAUCCGACGAGUGGCCGAUGGUUCUUACGUGGCACCCCCGGGAAAUCCCCGGCUCACGCCAUUCUUCCCCACUUACACCAAAGUGCCUUCAGAGUAGAAAUCUCGCAUCAACCUGUGUGCUGCAGAAAACAGAAACUCAAAUUUUGGUCCAUGCUGCACUCACAAAUGUUAUUUCUAAUUGGUGCUGUUCCAUCCUCCUCACCCUCAAAGGAACAUGUUGACACUCUGUAAAGCCCGGAUACCAUAACACGCGACGUGUGCCCAAGUCUGCUACAUUUGGUGGUAUGUAACUACAACGGCUAGCGCUAACAUAGCGCGUAAUCAAAUUACAGUCACGCAAAUUUCUCCGCGUUUAUUUUCCUGUGGCGGUUUUGAAGGGUAUUUUAUUGUGUUUGAGACGGGUAUCAAUUGAAAAGUACACAUUUUUCUCUCUCAGAUGCAUCGGGUAUCAGCACUCGUGACAGAAUCUGUGGCGUGUUAUGGGAUCCUGCCUUAAACGUUAUACCUCGCAAACAAAGAUGGCAGAAGAUCGGUGUUUCAGUGGUUGUGUUUGCGUCAAAUACUCAGUGUUGCCAUUAUGACGGUACUAAUUUUUUAGUUUGUUUGUAUUGUUUCGAAGCAGAAAUAAAUGUUGUACGUGA